UCUUUCCAAAUGGACAAGGGAAGUGAAUACACAAGCUUUUCGAUAAGAUCAUACUUCGCACAAAAAGGUGUUGACGCUUACUAUACUUCCGUCGGUGAUUCAGCAUCAAAUGGGAUAGCUGAACGGUUAAACCUCACGUUUUUAAUGACUGCAGAGCUAUCAUGGAAGGAUCUGGUUUACCCAGGCACAUGUGGUUCCAUACUGUGAAAGCUGCAUGUCAUCAUCGAAAUUCAUUAUUUAAUCCCAAGAUUGGAACAUCAUCGCGAUCUAAGUUGGGACUUUUUGCAAUUCAGAUACAAAGGUUGCCAAAAGUUGGCCAGGCGUGUAUGGUACAUGAUCCCACAGCACUGAAGAAAAAGCCUUACGCUCGCAGUGUCCUCGAAUUUAUUCUUAGAAAAUCAGAAGAAUCUUUUGGAUUUCUAAUCUACAUACCCAGUGCGCAUAGGGUAGUAGAUACACGCAAUUUUAUCAAAAUCGACAAGCACAAUGAAAUGAUAAAUGGAGAAGGAUAAUGAUUUGGAUCUAUAUAGACCAAAUGACGCAACAAUGGAUGCACACAACGUAUCAGACGCUGACAAAGGAAAGGAUAACACAGAAAUGACACAUUCAAGUGACAAUCCAUUCACAGAUGACAUCAGCACCGAUGAUCACUCUGCAGAAGAUAUCAGUACUGACGAGUCGGAUACUGAUAAAACAAAAGAUCAAUAUAACACAUACCAUGAUAAAUCAGCACCAACGAUUACCGAAAUUCACACAAUAAAUGUAAUAGUCCAUGAAAUGGGUUAUUCUCAUAUUUCUUCUGAGGGUGGUAGUGACGGGGCAGAACCAAACGAGUUUUUUGGCAACGACAUCGAACCGUUAAUGGAUUCCGGCACAGAGAGCUCAAGUCAGGAAGAAAAUGGAGAAGAUACAGAGGAAGAUGAGGAGGUACACAUUAUUACGAAUGAAGACAUAUAUGCAGAAAUUACUGGAGACCCUCUACCGAGAGGGAGCAGAAAACGUAAACCUCCUGCGAACGAAAACGAGAAUGAGUCUGUGGUAAGGAAAAGAAAAAGAAUACAUUAUAUCAGAGCCAAGGUGUAAAUAAUGCAACAGAGCGGGCGCUUCAGUAUAGAGAACCAAUCACAAAGAAUAAGAACACACAAAAGAGAAGAGCGAACAUUUAGCAGCGCACAACAAAGAGAUUGAUCAGCUCGAAAAGCAUAAGACCUGGAAUUUGACUAAUCCAAUAGACGAAAAAUCGGUACCAUAAGAUAAAAUAAUCAGCUCAAUGGUGAUAUUCACUACCAAAAGAGAUGGUAGAAGAAAAUGUAAAUGCGUGGCGAGAGGAGACAGACAGAAGCCAGAAAGGUACUAUUCGGACGCAGAAACAUAUACAGUCGCCCACGAAGCAUUAACUACAAGUCUGGCCAUUGCUUUAGAACAAGGAUGGGCCAUAAAAUUGGAUAUAACAUCCGCGUACCUAUACGCUCCAUUAAAAGAAGAGCUGGAUAUGAAAGCACCACCUUACUAAGGAUUGAGAGACAAGGUCUUCAGACUAAAGAAAUUCCUAUAUGUGCUCGAGCAAUAGGGGUCAAACUGGUAUGAAGUCAUAAAAGAAUACCCAACUGAAGUAUGUCAAUUGAAAGAAGUUGAAAAAUGGCCUUGUGUGCUAGUCAGAAGAAAAGAACAAGAUACCUUAGUGGUAAUCUAUUUGUCGAUGACAUGAUAGUCAUGACAAGUGAAGACGAACUGUAUGAUGAUUUAUUGAAGCAUCUACAAGAAAAUCUAGAAACCAAAUACGUUGCGGAAGGAAUACCAGAAAAUGACGGAUUCGCUAGAUACGACAUAUUAGGCUUGGAAAUCGAAUACAAAAGAUCUUAUAAAAUGCUAAUAGGAAUGGAGAAGACAAUCAUUGAGAAACUCCCGAAAUUAGGAAUGCCGCUGCAGGGCAAGAAAGAGAUAUUUGUGCUGGGACAACCGGGUCACAUAUUAGCUGUAUCUUACACAGAACUAAACUUGUCCAAAGAAGAGUUUUAUAACAAAUUUAAUCAAAAAAGAUUGUGGGAUUACUAUAAGAUAUUACUCACAAGUCCAGAUUCGAGAUGUCACAUUAGGUGAACGUCCUUGCACAAUAUACGUUGUUUUCCGUGCCCAGAAGUAUUUGACUUAGCGGAACAAUGCGUACAAUACUUAUGAAACAACAAACAUAAAAAACUGACGUGGAUCAGAUCAGAAAAUUAUUAAAGUAUCAAGAUAGAUUCAAUAACAGAUGCAUCUCGUGCUGCACAAGCUGAGUAUAAAUCACAACUUGGAUAUUUCCACAAAUCUAAUGGGCAUUUCAUAUUCGCUAGAUCAUCCAGGUCUAUAAUUAGCUGUGUGUCACCAACAGAGGUGGAAUUGAAUGCUUUGUCCAGUUCAAUCCCUAAGUUAAAAAAUUUACAAGAAAUAGUAGCAAAACUGGGACUCGAAUCGCAAGUCACUAUAUUGACCGAUAGCCAAACAUUGAUAUCAUCAAUAACAAAGACCAAUGUUUCCAAGUUCAGGAAUAGGUUCUUUCGCAAUAAGGCAUUUCGACUUAGACAAGAAUAUGAUAAGGCAAUAAGAAUUCAGUAGAUGAUUUAACUGUAUUUAAAGCAAAGAUUUCAUAGCACUUGCUUUUCAAGUGGAAUACGUGAAAUCUGAGGAAAACAUAGCAAGUAUAUUAACAGAACCGCUGGCAGUUGAAGUCUUCCAA